AUUCCCCUGAUGCUGAGAUUCCCCUGGGCCUUCAUCCCUGGCCCCAGGCAGCCCCUCCCGGCUUCUUCAGCACCAUGGGUGCAGCACCCAUCUUCCUCAGCACGUAGGUGCUGGUGGACCCGACUUGACCCACGAGACAUCCCACUGAGGUGUGCAGGCUUCUGUGGGACUUGGCUGCCCUCCCUCCUGCCAUCCUGCCCUGGAGGGAGGCAGUGUGCUGGACCCCCCCCCCCCCAGCUGGCAGACGCCCCUGGGCAGGUGCAGGUGACCGUGAGACGCCCAGGAACAGCGCAGGUCUGGGCGGAGGACGCUGCCCAGCUCCUGGCUUCUGGGGCCUGGAAGUGGGAGCUGUCCCGGGUUCCCUCACCUUCCCUGAGCCUCUCGCCUGUCGUUGUCCACUGUGUCCGGCCCAGCCCACCCAGAGGGUGCCAGGCUGCUGCGGGCCAGGGCCAGCUGUCGCCAGCUGGGGUCAGGCCACUCCACUCCCGGCUGUCGGGGGCACCCCCAGUGUGCACCAGACCGCUCUGCCAGACACGCCCUGGGCUCGCCUGCCUCCAGGGGCGGAGCGGGUCAGAGUCCGCCCUCCGGCCGCCAUGUCACAGGGAGGCCGGGACGGGGCGCAGGGGCGGCAUGGAGCGCAGGUGGGUCUUUGUGCUGCUCGACGUGCUGUGCCUGCUGGUCGCCUCACUGCCCUUUGGGGUGCUGACCCUGGUGAACACUCCCUACAAACGUGGCUUCUUCUGCAGUGAUGACUCCAUUCGCUACCCCUACCGGCCAGACACUGUCACCCAUGGGCUGCUGGCGGGGGUCUCCGUCACAGCUACUGUGCUGCUGGUCUCCACUGGGGAGGCCUACCUGGUCUACACUUCGCGCCUCUACUCACACUCCUCCUUCAACAACUACCUGGCUGCACUCUAUAAGGUGCUGGGCACCUUCUUAUUUGGGGCAGCGGUCAGCCAGUCGCUCACCGACCUGGCCAAGUACACGGUGGGCCGCCUGCGUCCCAACUUCCUGGCUGUGUGCGACCCUGACUGGGGCCGCUUCAACUGCUCGGGCUACCUGCUGGCGGAUGGGCUGUGUCAGGGCAGCGCUGCCAACGUCACGGAGGCCAGGUUGUCCUUCUACUCGGGCCAUUCUUCCUUCAGCAUGUACUGCAUGGUGUUCCUGGCGCUGUACGUGCACGCGCGCCUGUGUGGGCAGUGGGCCCGGCUCCUUCGCCCCACAGCUCAGUUCUUCCUAGUGGCCUUCGCUGUCUACGUGGGCUACACCCGUGUGUCUGACCACAAGCACCACUGGAGUGAUGUCCUCGCUGGUCUCCUGCAGGGGGCACUGGUGGCUGGGCUCACGGUCCGCUACCUUUCUGACUUCUUCAAGCUACGUCCUCCCCAGAGCUGUGUGGAGGAGCAGCUGCAUCGAAAGCCAAGCCUGGCGCUGACCCUGACCCUGGGAGAGGCUGAGCACAACCACUACAGUUACCCUGCCCCCAGCUCCUGAGCCUACUUGACCAUCCUGCCCACCUGCCCCCUCCAUGCCCAGCAAGUCACCCUUCCUGCCCAGUGGGCCGACCUUCCUAACCACUGAGCCCCUUCCCUGUCCACUGAGCCCCCCUCCCUGCCCAGUGAAUUACCCUCGUUGCCCACUGGGCUCCUUCUGUGCCUACUGGGCCUCUUUCCCUGCCCGCCAGACCCCUCAGUGCCCACUGAGCCCCUUCCCUGAAACCCCUUCCUGCCCACUGGGCCCCCAUCUCCCUGCCCAGCUGCCCUUCCCUGCUGCCCAGUUGGCCCCCUCCCUGCCCACCAGGGCCCCCUCUCUGCCCAGUGGACCAGCCUGUGUUCCCCUGCUGCCCCUCUGACUGGGCUUGGAAGGAGGAGAAUCUGAACUACUGUUUUCUAAGCUGUCACGUGUGGGGCUUGAGUAAAACUUGGGUGUGGUUUAUGUCCCCCGCACCUGCGUGUCCCGUCCCUUCUGAGGCCGCAUCCCUGUCUGGGAGGGACAACAGUUGGACUCAGAAGCUGGGCAGGUAAACAAGAGGAAGACAUCUAUUAAGCUGCUCAGUGAUCUUGGCAAUAAUGCUGGUUUUAAAGAAGACUCACAGAGUGGCGGCACAGCUGGCUCAGCGUACACAGUACAGAGCACAAAGGACCCAGGUUCAAGCCUCUGGUCCCCACCUACAGGGGGAAAGCUUCAUAAGUGGUGAAGCAGUGUUCCUGGUGUCUCUCCUUGUCUCCAUCCAAAAAUAAAUAAAACAAUUAAGAAUUUUUUAUUUAAAAGGAUAAAUACAGAACUUCACUCCAGAAUCCUGAUUCUAGUGGGAAGAUAAGGAAACAGUUGGUGCUUCACUAUCUGCAGCCAGCACUGCAGCGAAUUCCAGCUUCUGACCUUUUCCAGUACAGUAAUAAAUAGUGUAAAGGAGGUUAAAGCCUCUGAAUUCUCUCCCUAGUCUGGGUACAGAAAUCUUUCGCUGGGAG